AACUGUCAAAACAUUUUAGACAAAUAUAGACUAAUAAUUGGGAUUUAGUAGAUCUUCUAUAUUAUAGUUGAACGUAGUAUUUAAAAAUAUAUAAACGAUCGAUAAUAUAUAUCAUCCUAUCGAAUCUUUCCUAGUAAAAAGUUCAAGUUCUUUUUAUUACAUAACUUAUCUUCAACUAUUUUACAGUAGAGUAGAUAUUUUAACUUACUUAAAGAAUAAUCGUAAUAAGAGACGAAAAAUUGAAGUUAGUGCUGUAGUUGAGUUUACACAAACGAAAUGGAAUUAUAGUCCGAGUCGAGAUUGGCAAGAAAAAGUCUGUUUCUUUUCCUACUAACUUCUUGCCGUUCCAAGAACAAGCUGCAUAUUGUAAAAUGAAAAAUGCAUUCACGUAAUAAACAAAAACGUGCAUAACGGAUAAAUGAAUUAAAUCGAUAAAUUGCAGAAUAUUACAAAUCCAAAAGCUGUAUCCUUCAGAUAUUUUACGAAAUAGCUUUAUCCUCGAUAUCAUUGAUUUCGUAAUUUAACAAAAUUAGUUUUGCUGGCCCGAUUUAAACGCAACUGUGUUAAUUCCGACGAACAUUCAUGCAAGACUAUGGUUGAUAUCAUCUCAUAAAUUUUAAAUAAUCGAAAUAAAAUUAUUUUGGACUUGUACCGUUUUUCAAUUCGUCGAUUUGAUUAAUUUCAAAUAAUUCGAUUGAAAUUUUAAAAACUCUUUCAGAGAUUUUGCCACAUUCAUGCAUCUGUGUAAAGGUUCGAUUGGCAACGGCGUGCUUUUCUUGCCAAAUGGGUUCCGAAGAGCUGGCUACGCGAUGUCAGUGAUUUGCAGCGUCGUUAUUGGCCUAUUGUGCACUCAUACCGUGGUGGCACUGCUAAUUGAAUUUUUCUUCGACGUUAAGAUGGAUGAUCGGAUCUACAUACUAGCAUUGUUUCCCUUCGUCUGUCUAUUGAGUUUCAUUGCGAACUUGAAAUAUCUGACACCAUUUUCCGUGGUUGGUGCUGUGUUUAUGUUAAUUGGUAUUUCCGUUACCCUGUAUUAUCUCUUCGAAGAUUUCCCCGAUCCUGCAAGAUUGGAAGCUUUUACUCAAGCUUUGCCAGUUCCGAUGUAUUGCAAUCUGUUCCUGUACGCACUUCAUAAUGUGACCUUGUGCCUACCACUGGAGAACUCGAUGAAGAAUCCGGAACACUUGCCACGAUUGAUAACAUGCAACAUGUUGCUUAACACCUGCUUGUACACGAUGUUUGGCUUCCUUGGUUAUAACAAGUAUAUGAAGAAUACCUGCGACACGGUAAUUAAAAAUUUACCGCUGGAGAAAACCAAUACUGGCAGUUUCGAUUCCGGAAAUGGUUCCACUACUUAGCCUUCUCGCAGCAUUAAGUAUGACCACAGUUAUGUUAUUGAUUCCUGUGGUGAUAGAAACUGCAACAAAAUGGGAACAGGCUACUCGAUUUCUUCUCGUAAAAAACAUCGGUAUUACUCUGAUCUGGAUUCUGUUAUUGGUAAGUAUCGAAAGUGAAUGUCAUAAUUCGCUCGUUCAACAUACUUUACGCAAUCCCUGAGCAUUUUACAUAAUUUCUGGGAGUUUUGUACAAUCAUCAAUGUUACGUAAUACGGAUUCUUCAUUGAACGAGUUAAAAGUUUGCGAAUUAACGAUGUCGAUGAUGCGUGUAUCCAGUGAUAAACAUGAUGAUCGUAAUUAGCAUACCACGCUUGACGCGAAGCGUUAUUCACUAGUUCAUUACCAUUUAAUAAUGUGACUUGUUGUGUUAGAUUGCUUCCUUUUUACUCGUGUCGAUACGAUAAUCCUAAAAUUAAUUGUAAUUCGACUGCCGAUUUUUUUUGCAUUUAUGAGAAAUUUGAAAAUGCAAAAAUUUAUAGAAUAUACAUUGCGUAUAAAAAUAUAUAAAAUAUACAAAGUAAAGUACUGUUUAUAAUAUUUAGUAGGAGAAACAAAGCUCGAUUCAACUCUUAUUUUUCAGUUUCUAGACGUACAAGAUUGCAUAAGCAUCCACAGCCUAAUUAUACCAUUAUUUAAAUAGAUAUAGCACUACGUUUUAUUUCAUAAUUCUUAUGUACAUAAUUAAGUAAUUAUUAUCGUCGUGAAUAAUAGUAUAGUAACCAAAUUAUUAUUAUUUAAUUAAUUGUAUUUAAUAUUAAUCGUUAUAAUAAAGUAACAAACUUACGAAGUACUAUAUUAAUUGUAACAUUAAUAAUAUCUUAAUUAGCUAACUGAUUAAUUAAUCACAAUAUUUCUUAAAAUAUUUCAAAAUUCGUAUCUACAUGAAAUAAAUUUUCCUUCAACGGUGGAAUUCUAACGACUUUAAGAUUAGUAUCGUAAUAAAAAUUAUUAGCGUCAAAAUGGCGCUUUAUCAAUUACAAACAAUCAUGAGAAGAUAUCUAUAAUGCUUUCUUAUUUUUAAUGUAAAUUUUUAUAACAAAACCAUUAAGGAAGAUAAGAAACUUAAUACAGAUAUCAAUUUUCUAGUAAAAAUUGAUUAUCCACUCCAUAAAACUAUAGAACUUUAACAGUUUGAGGAAUUCCCCUAAUUAACGGCUGGGCAAUUAUGCAAUGAAAUGACGAACUUUGAGUUCAAACAUUUAUACAAAGGCUAUCAUUUAUUUUUUUACGACAAUUUUAAGGCCUAGUUGUUUCAUACUUCAUCGUGCGAUAGUUAAUUUCCUGCACUUUAUGUUACUUGCUGUGCCUAUUUUUCUUAUGUUUUAUUUCAUUUCGAAUGAAUAAAGUAUACAAAAUGUACAAGUACAAAACGUACAAAAUGUAGAAUGUAUAUUUCGCUAGCCGCUUACAUUUCAACUGCUUACAUAUUUCUUUGCUGGAUUAUAAAACAAAAUACAAAAUCUAAUCUAUAAUUUAACAGUAGAUUCUUGCUUAGGUUCCCAUUUGAUGCAUAACCAAUUCAAUAUUACUUGGAAAUCGUGUGCAUUCUAAUUUUUUUAGUCCCAUUUAUUUUUCCAAUUGGAUUCUAUCCCAGUCGAGUUUCUACAGUUUGAAGUAAAAGUUAGAAUGUUUCCAUUAAAACGUUUCAAUGAUUUAAUGUUCCGUAUUUUUAGUUCAUUCACUUGAACUAAGUAACUUGACUGAACACUCAUAGAUAUAAUGUGGCAGAUUUUAUAGAUGAAAAUUUACUGCACUCUACAAUUUAAAUUGUUUUAAAUAUUUAUGUUUUUCUUUUUUCCGUUACGAAACAGAAUAAAAAUAUUUCAGUCUUUCCGUACCAAAUGGAAUGAAUAGAUUUUGGAUGAUAGAACAUUUCUGUUUAUUGACUUUUAUGAGUAAAUGGAUGAGUUGAUAUUGGAUUAAAAGACCUGUGUUUCAUAUCGAAUAAUUUUCCAACCUUUUAUCUUUUAUCAGAUUUUUGGAACAAUCGAGAGUAUGUUGUCUAUCAUCAAAGAAUAUGGUGGUGUGAAAGAGGAAGGAUGCUGAUUAUUGAAGUUAAUUAGUGAAAACGGCGAAUCAGUUUGCUCUAUUGCUUCUCUGCCAGAACUUGAAGGGAUCUCAAACAGUUUUACAAAUCAAUGGAUUUGUAUCUCAUAAAAACUACUUAUAUUUACAUAUAAAUCUUUCUUACGUGAUAGUUGAAACUUCCGUAAACUUAUUUUCUGAUAUUUGUUUUUUUAUUAAUUACUUAUUUUAUAAAGCUUAAUAUAAUACCACAGAAAAGAAUUAGAAAUAUUCAAAAUGACAAUAUGAGAAUAAUACAAAGACGAGUAUUCGAAUAAAAUCUUACGUAAACUCUUCAUUUCCUCUGUAUUUUUCACUUUUACAGGAAUAAAUCGAAACCAAUUCUCCACAUAACUGCAAAGUUGAUAGCAUCGUCAGAAAGACAUGAUGUUUAAAUUCCGGAAAUAUUAACUCUUAUGUAAGCAUGCCGCUAACGAGAAAAUUCUAUAAGUAAUUAUGUAUUGAGAUGUAGUUUGCAUGAUAUAUGUUGCCGUAGCGCAACGGUGAGAUCAUAAAAUCGAGUCUUUAGAAAUAACUUAAGUGGUCAACAACUGACGACAACCGUUUACAAACAGGGAAAACCCAGUGAUGAUCGAAUUUUUUUUAAUCAAAAUACCAAUUCCUCCCUUUCCUAAACUCAAUGCAAUUCAUUAUUUUAUUGCCUGCGAAUCGCUAAUCGAACAUUCCAACGUCGCGCGUUACGCAGUAACCAGUACGUAAGGGUGGGACCUUCUCUUUCCGCGAAAUAUGUGUUCAUCACUUACUUAUUUUAUGCACCUCCUCUAUCUCGAGAAAAUGCCAAGUCAGGAAAUUCGAGAGUCCAUCCCCAGCAACGUGCCUAACUUUAAUCAUUUUUCCACUAGUUUGUAAUAGAAUUUCACCAACUAAACACGAAUUCUCAAACAAAUCUAAGUGCGCUCCUAUUUUGUUUUUUUUUACGAAGCGUCGUAUUUCGAAGUUUGUUUGCUGCAUUAAGUUAGAGCUCGAGAGUUAGUCGAUAGCGAGUGUGAACGAUCGUACUGACACGAAUGUGUAUUGAAUCAGCAUGAAUAAUUUAAUAUGUAAAGCGUAGAGAUUUGAAUAUUUAUGCAAACAAUUUUGUAGGUAUACAAAUGGACUCCUGCUAAUCGUCUUUAUGUUCGUGUUCUUGUUCAAAAUAUGUGGACCUCCCAGUUUUAUCCAUUAACGCUCUUUUAUCCAAAAAGGCAUGAUUCUCCGCUUUGAAUUUUUUCAUAUAUAUAUUUUUUUUUAUACCUACAAAAUUAUAAAAAUUAUAUUGCAUGUAAUAUAUAUAUAUACACACAUUACAAUUACAUUACAAUUACAUUACCGCUCGAAAGUACGCAGAAAAAUGUAAUUAAUAUCGUUGCUUUUUAUAAGAUGUAUUUUAAUUAUAAAAUUACGGAUAAAUCCAACUGCAAUAAUUACAUUCCUUGUUACCAUCACAGUUACAUACGAUAACAUGUUAUGAUCCGAUUAAAUUGUUUUCUAAAACUCAGUGUGCUGUAAUAAAGCUAUAGUUUGUAAUCGUCAAAGCUCGUAGAAAUAUUUUAUUGCUUGAUAAAUCUUUUAUCUUCAGCUUUUGAUUUUCGAUUUAUAAAUCAAAAUUGCAGAAUCUUUUAAACUGAUAAAAAGAUUUCUACGACUUAAACAGGUCUUUUGAUAUUAAUACAAUCACUGAUUUAAAUAGUAAAUGCAUGUAUAUGUAACAGUACACAUAAUGAAUAGUAAAAUAUGUUAUUGUUAUGCUAUUUCAUGGAUAAUAUAGGAUUAUAAUUCGUAAAGCCAAUAAAUUAGUGGUAAAUUUAUCUAACAAGAGUUUUUAUUUACUUACUUAAUACGAGAUACAGGCCUGAAUAAUGAAAGCGAAAUUCAAUGUCAACAUUUUAUCUAAAUGUAUAAAUUAUGCGUCUGCUUAAAAUGAGUUUUAUCUUUGUAAUUUCAUCAUCUUCAUUUUGUUUCAACGUUCCAAGUUACGAUUAUAAUUUCACCUGAACAUAUUUCAAGUAGAAGAUUUAUUAAGUAGAAGGAAUUAAUACCGUCUAUAUGAAACCAUCAUUGAUUGUCGCGAAUAUACCUGAUUGCUCCAUUUGUUAGACAUUUUAAUUAGUCAGAACCUUAACUAACAUACGAGCAAGCGAUAAAUCAACUUAUUCAUUCGAAAAAUGUUGCAUCUGUCAUAUAUGUAAAAGGGAUCACUGAUAGAAAAUAUUUUCGAAAGGAUUCAUUGGUUGAUUAUAAAAAAAAAUGUAAUUUAACUCGUAAAACAGUCGAAAAGUUCACUUUUAAACUUCACGAUAUAGAAAUAAGUAUAUUUAAUUGUGAGGCAAGAAUAAUUAUUAUUAAUUAAAAUUUAUUGUAAUUUAAAUUAUAUUAAUCACUGUUAAUAGUACGCAUACAAUAAACAUUUCUUUGUUUGAAAUUUUGUUUCAUUUAAAGUUGUUGUUUCGAGAAGGUCGUGUUUAAACACAUGCAUUUAUUUAAGAGUUAGCCGAAUUAUUCGCAUUCCACGAAUUUUCAUAUUCGUCUUUAGGCCUUGAACGAAAAAUUCUAUUCUACAUCUUCUUACGUAUAUUUACAUGUAGAACAUCUCGUACCAUUUUACCAUUCUCUGUAUAACGUCAUUAAUCUCUUAUCAUUAGUAUUAACAACUAAUUAUUUUAUUCUUAAUCAUUAAAGAUAGUCAAAAUUCCUUUCAUUUCUAAAUGUAAAUCAGCCUAUUAAUGUAGUUACGUAAACACGAUUAUCGAGAGGCAAAAAUCUGAAGACAAAUUUCUACUAAUGCCAAUUUAUAAUAUUAUUGCCAAUCCUGGCAUUUCCUCAUCACUAUUUAUACGUACAAUUAUUUACGAAUAACCAUAUAAAUAUUUAACACUAUAUAAAUAUAAACAAUAACGAAGUCUAUUUUUCAUGAGGUGCUAGAUCGCGGGGACUUUUGUCUGUAACUCGUAAAUUAAAGUACAUGGGGAAACUAUUAAGUACAUUGACGUUGACAAAAUAUUUCAACUUCAUUAAAAUCGGCGAGGUGUUCCCUAUUCUAAAUAAUUACUAGACUGCAAAUAUUUGCUGUUCAUGUAAAUCUGAAUUUUUGUGAACAUAGUCAAAGAAAUAGAAUCUAAGUAGAAGGGUCUAUUUAAUCCAAUAAAUAUUGUGACAGGUGUAUUACUUUAGAAAUUUUUGACAUUUCUGAACGUUAUGUUGCAUUGUAUAUAUUUUUACACUUAUAAGUUAAAUUAUCUAUAAAUACAUCAAUAUCCGCAGUUUAGUAAUUCCCAAUUUUUCUUCUUUUAAGUAAUUUCAAGACUAUGGAUAUUUAUGGAAAUUCAUGUUUCUAUAAAUAUAAUAUACAAAGUGAGACUUACGAGGAAAAUUGUGUUGUCUAUUAAAUAUUGCAAAGGUUACUGUACUUCGUAUAUUUUAUAUAUCUUCGCAUGUUACGUGCAUUCUGUGCAUUUCUCUCUUCAAAUUUCCUUUAAGUUCAUAAAAAUCCGCAGUCUAAUAAUGGGCAAUCUUCUUCUCGCGAACUAUCACUAAUUACCCCAUUUCCCCCAUAAACCAAAUUCUUCGACAUUCUCGCACGUCGAAACUGUAUCAGCACGGCGUGAUUCAUCCGCUUGCGCCACUUACGCAACGUUCGAAAUCGCGAAGUGGGUCGGCGAAGAGGUGACAGGAGGAAAAAGAGCGUCGCCAGGGAAAAGAGUUCAGGAGAUCAGUGACAUUAGAGAGGGUAGGUCGGUGGAGGGAAUGGUCGUUUCAAUUGGGCGAAAAGACGAAGCUGAUUUGAACGGAAGGAGAUAGAAGGAAGGUGAAAGGGAAGAGGCGAAAUACAGACGAUACGAGAUCGGCUUGGUAGAGCAAGAGUCGAUUCGCGUGGUUCCAGUGGCCCUCGGUACGCGCGAUCGUCACGAUGCUAAGGACGACUCACUCGAACGACAACCGUCUUUUCGCGAGCACGUUCGAUAGAACAUAUUAGGAGGACGGCCUCUAUCUCCCCUCCCACGAGUUACGACGUCAAUUCUAGCGGGACACUAGCGAGCUGAAUCACGCGUCUCUGUCUCUAUACACACCGGCUCGUAUAUAUACCUGCGUAACGCCGAAAAAACCUGGCCAGUCGUGUACGACGCCUGUCACCGUUCCACGCGCGAGUUCUCCUGCGCCGCGUUUCCUCCUUGCUAAUACGUUGACACUUUUUCAACGUUCGUGGACGAUAUCCUUCAUUCUUCCUGCGAGAACCUCUCCAGCCAGAUUAUUGAAAAGAAGACGCUGAUUAAAGAAAAAUCGAGGAUUUCCUGUAAUUUAGGAGGAAUUUUGACAAAUUCAAAGGAAAAAGAUUUUUAGGCAGUCUACAGUUUACUAACGGCGUUAGUAGAAGUGGAAAGAUAUUUUAAACGUAAGAAUCAGAAAGUAAAUUAAACUACGCCCGAAGAAUUAGGGAAUAUGGAAAAAGUUGAAGGGAUGAAUGGAAUUUAGAGUUUCUGCGAGAUGCAUAAAAGGAAACGAUAGAACAGAUCGUUCACUGACAGUGACGAAGUAAGUACAACGCCAGGACAACGUCUCGACGUUAACAUCAACGCGGUCGCUUGAAAAGCCCAAAUUCAUCAAGUUUAACACUUUCAAGUUUCAAUAUUUUCAUCGAGCUGUGUCCAUCAACAACGCUAUCUUCUUCGCUGAAUUGACAAAUUUCCGCAGUUUUUUGUAUACGUUUAACGCACGUUCCUUCGCAACGGUGACAGCGCGACUGCUGUGCGAAUUUUAUUGCCCUUAAAUCAUCUUAAACCUAGUAUAAACAAGUAAUUAACGGUGAUAAUAAAAUAUCAAUCAUCGAAAGACGAUCGAGGGGCUGGGUUAUGGAAACAGAAGCACACUUACAGUCGAGUUUCGUGUAUGAGGAUCAUCUAGCGCUGUAUCAAUGAAUCAAUAAAUCAUACUGCACGACAGUAGCCAAGACUCAUCUAAGAAUUGCCGAUAAAUCGCUAUCUCCUGCGAGAUUACUAUUGCCUGUAGAAAGGUAAAUAAGAUACGGUAAGGAGGCCGAAAUAAUUCAAGUCUUCAGGAGGAUCGAAUCGGUGAAAAAACGAUUCAAGGAAGAAGGAUCUUUUCCAAGAGGCUCGUUCGAGAAUGUGAAUUGCAAGUUGAUCAACGAUCGAACUGUUUUAUUUAUGUUCUUGACAGAACAAUCGGAAGGCAUCAGCAAUUUCUCAAGAGAAUUCGGAA